AUGGGUAAUUGUAUCGGUAAAAAGUCUACGUUACAUCAUAAACGACGUAGACACUCUCCUUCAAAGAAAACUAAUUCUUCUAACUUGUUUUGUAAUGAUAAACGACCUACAAAACAAGUACCUGUAUUACUAUUAUCAUCAUCAUUAUCAUCAUCAUCAUCAUUGUCAACGUCACCGUUGAAUACGCCAUUGGAGCGAAACAGUAUUUUUCUGUCUCAUUUGUCCGAUGUAAAAGAGAAUGAUAUCAUAGUGAACGAUAAUGACGAGAACGAAAGAAAAGUUAUUCAAUAUUCAUCACCCUCACUGUUAGCGACUAUGACAUCAACGAGUAAUGAACCACUCGUAUUCAUGCAUAAUACAUUAUCAACAUUAUUGCCUGGUCAAUUGUCAGGCGAAUGUAAAAAAUUUAAAUCAAGCAAUACAUCAAUAGUUUUUGAUGAGAAUAAUAUAGAACAAGCAUUUAAAUUAACGGCAAACGAAGAAAAUACGGCGAUGGGACACCUGUUUAGCAAGGAGAAAGAUAUAGAUAAACAAAAUGACAACGGGGAUGGUGGAGGUGGUAGUACAAAAGUGAGCAUAGACAUCAAGGUACAUAUAAGCGACAAUGAUCAAAGUGCAAGCCAUCAAUAUUUUACAAUUAUCAACGAUCAAAUGACAAAUAGAGAAACUAUGAUUGAUAAACGAGAAAUCGUGCAAGAAUCACUUAACACCUCACCUUCGCGAUCGUUGUUUGACUCUUCACUUUCGUCGCUCUCCUGUAAUUCAACACCAUUCUCUUCUCAAGAUCGACUUAUUCUUUCAUCGUCGCCGUCAUCGUCUUCAUCAGCUGUUACAUCGCCAAUAGCAGUAAAUGCAGUUAUUAUACCUAGUCCACCAUAUUCUCGUUCAAACAGAACAAAUCCGUUGACACGCCAAAAUGGAUCUCGUUCAUUAACUUAUUCAGAACAAAUCUAUCUUCAUAACAAUCAGUCAUCAUAUAUAUGUCCAUCGAAUGACAUUUUUACAACAUUAUUACCAGCAUCAUCGUCGCGUUGUAAUAAUGAUUUAUUUCUCAACGAAUUUCAUCAGAAUAUUAUUUCUCAUAACUGUAAAACACUUAGUUCUAUUAUUGAUAAUGUUGUACAACAACAAUUUAUUCGUAUUCAUCGAUCUUCAAAAGCUAUUUUAAUUGAACAUAAAGAACUUGAAUGUGUACAUUUAAAAGAUGUAAAAAAGUUCGAUACACCAUCAUUAAUCUUCGAUGAACAACAAAAAUUUGUUCACAUAACUAAACAUAGUCGUUUAUUUGGUAUUCAAUCAUUGAAAUAUACAACGAACAAUGUAACACGUUUACCAAAACUAUUUUCAUCAUGUGAUCAUUGUUCGUCAUUACUUUCCGGUUCAAAACUUAAUCAUCGUUUGCGUCCAUUUUUUCUCGUCAAUACAACGCAUAAUCUAGUGCAAAUGUGUUUCAAUGAAACUAAUCAUAAUACAGUUUUUGGUUAUAUAUCGCAAACACAUCCAAGUAAAACUCGACAAACUAUUAUCAAUAAUGCGAAAUUUUCUUAUUCGUAUGAUCUUGAUGUUAGUUAUACAUCGUUGUACUUUAUUUUACGAGUUUGUUCAUGGCCACAAGAACUACGUCACAUUUAUGAACAACGUCAACGUUUAUGGCCCGUCAAUAUUGAUAACCUAUUUGAUGGUACUUGUUUUAUUCGAGUCAAUAAUGAUGAACAAUACAUGCGUGCAACAGAUAAAUGUCAUGCUUGUGAAAAAAUCCUUUCAGCUUCAUUAGAUUCAACUUGGUCUUACACAUACAAAGUGAUUGAAGCAAAACUUGUUUCAACUAUGUCUGAUGAACAAAUACGUUUCGCAUCGAUUAUUUGGAAUUAUUUAAACGGAAAGACUCAAGGGCAACUUCCAUUUGUUAUAUUUAAACAUACGUUAUUUUAUUUCUUUGAAAAAUAUUCAUCCGAUUCAUUUACUUCAACCGAUGUGCUUAAUCAUGCACAUCGUUUUACUGAUUUUCUUUUCGAUCGCCUUCAAGCUAAAUUAGUGCCGCAUUAUUUUAAUUCAACUUUCAAUUUGUAUAAGGAUGAUUUAUCAAUUACUUUAAUGAGUUCAAUAUCAAUUAAAAUGACUUAUUUAGAUUUGAAAAAUUUUUCUAUUUAUAGUUUACAGAAAUCUUCAUUGGAUCUUUAUCGUUUAAUUUAUCUUGUUCAAUUUGAAACAAAUUUUUUGCAAUGUCUUCUUUCAUGUACAUCAUCAAAAACAAAUUCAAUUCAAACAAUACUUGAUACACAUGAACUUGCGAUAAAACAAUUAUUAUCAGGUAUUAAAACAUAUAAACGACAAUUUGAAACAACUAAUACGAUUAAAACACGUCGACCACUAACACUCGAUUGUCUCUAUCGAUAUCAGGAAGAAAAUGUUCAAACUGUACUUGAUUAUUUACCAUUAUUACGAGAUAAAGAACCUUCAUUACUUAUUCAUUCACUUUGGUCUAUGUUUAUUCAAUAUUUUAAUUGUUUAUUUGAUGAUCUUUUUAUUUCUUAG